AUGAAUCUUAACAUUUUCAAGAAGAAAACUUCACCCAAAGAUGCACUGCGGACCAGCAAACGGGAAAUGGCGGUGGCCACAAGAGGCAUUGAACGCGAGAUUGCAUCUUUACAAAUGGAGGAGAAGAAAUUAGUAGCAGAGAUUAAGAAAACAGCUAAAACUGGAAAUGAGGCUGCCACCAGAAUUUUAGCUCGUCAACUAGUUCGUUUGCGGCAGCAAAUAACGAAUUUGCAAGGAAGUCGUGCCCAGAUCAGAGGCGUGACAACUCAUACACAGGCCUUGUAUGCCAGCACUUCAAUUUCAACGGGAAUGAAAGGUGCAACCAAAGCAAUGUCUGCCAUGAACAAGCAAAUGGCACCUGUGAAACAAGCUAAAGUGAUCAAAGAAUUCCAAAAACAGUCAGCACAGAUGGACAUGACGAUUGAAAUGAUGUCGGAAGCUAUUGACGAGACCUUGGACAAAGAUGAGGCUGAAGAAGAAACAGAAGAACUUACUAAUCAGGUGCUCGAUGAGAUAGGCGUUGACAUUGCAUCACAGUUAUCUUCAGCACCGAAAGGUCGGAUUGCAUCAAAGAAAGUUGAAAAUAAUGUUGUCCCUAGUUCUGCAUCUGCUGAUGUUGAGGACCUCGAAAAGAGGUUGGCAUCUCUUCGACGAAUAUGA